GGUCCCUGAACAAGCGGUCCGCACGAAUGCCUACCACUAAAAUUAUGGUGAUUUCUUUCAUUUACAAACUAAAUCGCGCCUUUCAAAAUUUUCGGCAGGACAUAAAGAAAUGAUUAGUAUCUAACUGAUCCGAAGAACGCCCCCCCCCCCCCCCCCCCAAAACCAGCAUUUAUCUUAAAUUUUAUUAAAAGCAGGCGAUUUCAGUUUGGGGAGAAGACCUCGUCUCGGGUGGUUAGCGAUUCGAUACACAUUUGUGCUAAAAACUAAGUCAAAAAUAUUAACAGUAUCGCUGAAGUCAUGAAGAAGCGAGAAGGGGAGGGAUCUUCACGGAAAAACGGCGAUGCGGCUCGGGAGCAGGACACGGGAAGCUGUUCCUCACCGGUCGUUGCUGCUUUCAAAGUUUUCCAGCAGGAACUCGACACCAAACACGACAAAUACGAGCGACUGGUGAAGAUCAGUCGAGACAUCACGAUCGAAAGCAAGAGGACUAUUUUUCUCCUCCACAGAGUGGCCAACGUUCCCAACACGGAGGAGGUUUUGAAGGAGGCGGAGCUAAAGCUGGAGGGCGUGAGGCAGAAGAUCGGUCAGGUCGCUGAGGAGCUGAGAGGAGAGGACAUCCAUCAGUUUCACCGAGCUUUUACUCCGGGCAUUCAGGAGUACGUGGAGGCCGUCUCCUUCUUGCACUACAUCCGACAUCGCAGCCUCAUCAGCCUGGAGGAGAUCAAUGCCAGACUGGUGUACAUGAGAGCCGAGGGGGGCGACCCUAAGGCCUCCGCUGAAGGCCCGGCGCCGGGAGCCCAGGUUCUGACCUUCCACGUGACGCCUUCAGACUACCUCCUGGGCGUGGCCGAUCUGACGGGGGAGCUGAUGCGGAUGUGCAUCAGCAGCGUGGGGAACGGGGACAUCGACACGCCCUUCCAGCUCAGCCAGUUCCUGCGGCAGAUCCACGACGGCUUCUCCUACAUCGGCAACACGGGUCCGUACGAGGUGUCCAAGAAGCUGCACACGCUGCGCCAGAGCCUGGGCAAGGUGGAGGACGCCUGCUACGCGCUGCACGUCCGCGGCUCCGAGAUCCCCAAGCACAUGCUGGCGGACGUCUUCUGCAGCAGGACCGCCCUCCUGGACUCAGACGAAGGAGUGGCGUGAUGGAGCUGCGCCGCGUCGUGGUCGCCGGUGCCGUCACUCUCCUGGUUUGUGUUUUGAAACGUCUUUAGAGCAGCAGCUCCGUUCAGACGGACAAAGGGUUUCUACGGCGAUAAAGAUCUGGUGACUUCAGUUGUUGUGCAUGAAUAAAAGGUGGUGUGCCAAAAAUGCCCCCCCUCCCCUCCCUCUCUGCUUUAAUGUUUAUCUUAUUUCCUUAUUUCCGUACAUUUACAUGAAACCUCCAGGCUCAAAAUCAUUUUAGGAUCAUUAAUAAACUCUUUUAUUUAUCAUAAAUCAGGGGGGGGGCAUAAGCCCUCUGUUUUGGUGCACUGCAGAGACCUUUGUAGGUGCAGAAGGUUAUUCAGAUCUGUUGUUUUUAUGACGUUCAUGUGUGUUUUCAGAGUCUGACAGGCCUUUUUCCCAUCAUUCCAUCACCACAUGAACGCAGCAUUUCUCUCAUUUUGCCUUUUUCCCAUUGGAGCAACUGGCACUAAAAAUAAAAACAAAAGUCACAGUUUUGUCAUUUAAAAACUCUGAAAUGUUCUCUUUUUUUUUAAAGCAUAAAGCCAUUUUUUUCCAUCAAAAUUGCCUGUUAGAUCUUUCUCUUUUGUGCUGGAUUGAUCCACGCUCGUCCUCAUGUCACAUUUUAAAACCCUGUGUGGCCCACAAGUGAAAUCUGUCAUCUAUCAGAGCAGGACCAUUCUGCCACCUAGUGGCCAUUUGUAGAACUAUAAAUAUUUAAGAAAAAGUGUUCAUUGGAAACAUGGAAUUUCAAAAAAUGAAAUUAAAAAAAUAAGAGAAAUUAAAAAUAAACUUCCUGCCCUGGAGAACUUUGUCAUUGGGGUAAAAUAAAAUAAAAUAAAAAAAUACAAAAUGAGAAAAGUAUAAACUGCUGAAGCUUGAAUCUGAGGUUAAGCCUGACAUCUGCUGGUCAAACUAGGAUAAGUUCAAGUUUACUGGAAUUCUUCAUGAAUACAUAUGUUUGUUUAAGCGCGUAGGAAAAUGUCAGGCGUCAUUUUUUUUGUCUUGAGAAGUUUCUUCAUGAAGCUGUUGUGCUAUUUAAAAAAAAAAUGAAUGGGAUUAAUAAAGAAGUAAAAGAAAUGUUUUAUUUUAAGA